AAAUAAUUUAUGAUCUUCAUUGGUAGUGCAAAACAUGUGAUGGAAUAUACUAUAUAGAGCAGUCAACAUGAGUUGUUGAAGCAUGCAACAUGAGUUAUCAUUUUCUAAUCGUUCUCCCCAAAGCCAGCACUCAGCAAGCCUCAAAUAAUUCCCAACAUCAGUAUCAAAACUCAGUGCUUUUUUCUUUCAGGUUUUCUCACCUGGAAAUGGAAGGCUUGAGUUUGGUUAUUGGAGUGAUAGGCAACGUUAUCUCUGUUCUGAUGUUUCUCUCCCCCAUGAGUACAUUCUGGAGAAUAAUAAAGCAGCGAUCGACCGAAGAGUUUGAAAGCCUUCCUUACAUCUGCACAUUGUUGAAUUCUUCGUUGUGGACUUAUUACGGGCUCAUGAAAUCUGGUGAAUUACUUGUUGCCACUGUCAAUGGCUUCGGCAUCGUUGUUGAAGCAAUCUAUCUCUCCAUAUUUCUCAUAUACGCACCCCAAAAUACGAGAGCUAAGACUGCGAUUCUUGUGGGGAUUCUGGACGUGGGUUUUCUGGCAGUAGCAAUUAUGGUGACUCAAUUGGCUUUGAAAGGUGAUAAUAGAAUAGAUGCCAUGGGAAUUAUGGGUGCAGGGCUUAACAUCAUCAUGUAUGCCUCACCACUGGCUGCCAUGAAAAGGGUGGUGACAACAAAGAGCGUAGAGUUCAUGCCAUUCUUCCUCUCAUUUUCCUUUUUCUUGAAUGGAGGCGUUUGGGCUUUCUAUGCUAUCCUCGUUCAGGAUUAUAUCCUUGCUGUACCAAAUGGGACUGGCUUCAUACUUGGAAGUGCACAGCUAGUGCUAUAUGCUAUUUACAGAAAUCCCAAGCCCUCCAAAAAUGGCCUGAUCAAUGGAUUACUGGAAGAGGGCCACCAACAUGAGCACCUCAUCCUGCCUUCAGAUCAAAUAAUUUCACAGCAAGAAUCAUGAGUUGCUGUUGUAGUUUUCUACUACGUCUCUUGCUACCUGUUUUUUCUUUCCCCCCCUUUUAUUAUUCUUUGUGUUGGUUUCAAGUUGCUAUCACAAUUCACAAAUGAUUGUUGUCAAAAGCUUCUCAGACUGUAGAAACGUUGAAAAGAUUGAUAUAUAUAUGCAUAAAUACAUAAUGUUGAUUGA